UCAAAGCUGCAACCCAACUGCAAGGGAGUCUGGGAAAUGUAGUCUUCCUGUACUCUCCUCUCCCUGCCCCCCCGCCUGGAAACCGUGUAUUUGCAUGGUGUGGUCAGGUGUCGUGUAAAGCGGGUGGAUCUUAGAGGAAGGGUGUUUGAGUGGGGAUUAAUUUUAAAAAUGGUCAGAUCAUUAGGAAACACUUUUGUAUUGUGAUUACGCUUGCUUAGUUAUAACGGCAGACAGCAUAGUCAUGGGUACCCAGAAAGCGGGCGUCCCCUGGCUCUGUGAAGUGUGCGGGAUCCCUACCCGGCAGCCCAGGGGCCAGGAACAGCAUCUGAACUCAAACAAAGCUUCUCCUUCGGGCAUGCGGGCCUACCACUUGCUGUUUGGAAGAGCACGUCUCUCUUUCCGGUCUGUGAAGUCGACGCCUUGCCCGCCACGCCUUGUGAAAAUGUUGGUGCUUCUGGCUUUCAUCAUCAUCUUCCACAUCACCUCUGCGGCGCUGCUUUUCGUCGCCACCAUCGACAAUGCCUGGUGGGUUGGAGACCAGUUUUAUGCGGAUGUCUGGAGAGUGUGCUUCAAUGGUAGCAACUGCACGGAGAUCCACGACGGCAUGCACGGUUACACCACGCUGCAGGCGGUCCAGGCCACCAUGAUCCUGUCCACCAUCCUCUGCUGCAUCGCUUUCUUCAUCUUUGUGCUCCAGCUCUUCCGCCUCAAACAGGGAGAGAGAUUUGUUUUAACCUCCAUCAUCCAGCUCAUGUCGUGCCUGAGCGUCAUGAUCGCAGCUUCCAUUUACACAGACCAGCGCGAGGACAUUCACAGCCACAACCCUGGCCUCUACUACUACACGGAGGGCGGCAGCUACGGCUACUCCUUCAUCCUCGCCUGGGUGGCCUUCGCCUUCACCUUCAUCAGCGGCCUCAUGUACCUGAUACUGAGGAAGCGCAAAUAGAACCCACAGAGCUUUCACUGCAGUACAGAAUCCACAUCCAGAUAACCGUUUUGUAUAUAAUCAUGUUGUGUGUGUGUGGUUUUUCUAGCAAACAUAUUGUUUCCUUUAAAAGCCAAAAAAAAAAAAAAAAAAAAAAAAAAAAAAGGAGAAGCGUUUUUGCGUCCAUGAGAUCAGGCCAGCCCCCCCAAGGCCGGCCUGCAGACCCCCCCAUCGCAUCCGCACACCUCAGCCAGACCCAGCCGCGGCCCGGGAGGCUCGGACCCCAAAUUGCUCAGCAGGAGUUUCUUAACCACGGGAUGUGAUGGGAUGUGACUAGAAACUGGGAGAGCCGGGGGACACAUCCCCCAGGUUUGGGCCACCCAAGCACCCCUCGCCUGAGCUUCCCUUUCUGAGUCUCUCUGUGUCCGUGGUGGAAGGGGUGAGGUGGGUCCAGGUGAGGGAUGAAACCUCAGGUGUUUGGCCAACUUGAGAAACAGGUGUAGCCACUGCCUGCAUCCUGUUACCCCCAGACCACAGCCUGCCCCUGUUUCGCCUGGCUCCAGAGAGGCCCCCCUCCCCAGAUUUGCUGACAGUGCUGCUGGCCUUUGGGAAUCUGAUCUUUAACCUCAGGUCAGACUUAGGCUAUUUGCAGGUGAAGAAUCUUAACUCGUGAGCCCUUGAGCACCUUGCAAAGUGUGGGCGAGAUGGGCCCCUCCCUAGACCCACAGAAUCCGGCUUUGGUGGGGGCCUGGGGACCUGCAUUUCCAUCGCUCCUUGGUAGGACUCGGGAGCUUUCAGGUAGAGGAGCACAGGCCCACUGGCGAUGAGCGGGGCUGCCUCCUGUGUGCUAACGAUCUUGUCAAGAGGGGGAGGUGGGUCUAGACCCCACCGGAGGCCUGAACCUUGGCUUCAAUCAGCCCUUGAUUCUUCGCUGCCUCUUGCGCAGCUGCUCCCAUCUGGACCACCCAGGCACCAGGCCCAGGCCAUGCACCCUGAGAGCCAGACCCCCGGGGGUGAGGGGCGGAGGCUGCUUUGUACACAGUGCUGUGGGCCUUUCCUGUCUCCUCCUGCCCUGCCUUCUAAGACUGGCCUCCGAGGACUCGCACACAUUCGCCCAUCAGCAUAAAUUAUGGGGUGCUUGUGUAACAGGCACAGGGGAUACUCAUAGGCUCCUGGUCUAAUGGAGGAGCCAGAUUAAAAACCAAUCAGGAAAACUAAUUAGAAGCAGAGAUGAGGUCUGCAGAGAGCACCAAGGACUCAGGCAGAGGCUCAUGGGGCAGGAGGAAGCCUGCUUGAGGCAGCCUGUCUUUAAUGCUCCCGGAGGUGUUCAAUCAGCCAGGUUGGCUCAGCUGGUGGAGGUGGUAUCUCUGUCUCACUCAGGGACCAGUUGCUGCCAUGGAGGGUCCCAGCAGCAAAGGCAGCGGGGAGAGAAAGGCAGGUCGUCGUGGUUCUUAAACCUUAGUGGACACGAGGACCUCUCGGGGAAGUCUUCCAGGAUCUGGGUGAACCAACACCCUGGGUCUUUGCAGCUACACUGGGAAAUUCAGCUUUGGGGAGUUUGUCUUUAGUGUAAAAGCAUUGGAAGCUGUGCGACAAUGUGUGUGGCCUGGGAAGUACCCUCUGGAAGGACCUAUUUGCACCCUGCUGUGUUUCCCUAGUGUUUUGGGAUGUGUGCCUGGGGCUGAGUGUAGACCUGCUCACCACGGCUCAGCUCCGGUGCAUUUACAUACUUUUGCCCUUGACCUUCUGCUAAGUGGAGCAAUGAUUUGCCAUGAGCCCAGAUCCAGUGGUGCUGGGGAGAUGUCUGGUUCGGGUUGUUUUCGGAUUGUGUUUGCACACAAACCUUGCAGGAUUGUGUUUUCUUUCUACCUACUCGUUCACUCAUUCACUCACACAUCCAUUCAUUGUUCCUUUGUUCAUUUUCAACAGAGUAGUAAAUGCUUACUAUGUCCCAGGCACUGUGUGAGGCUCUGAAAUUACAGGGGCAAGUCAAUCAAUCCAGUCAUGCUCCCUGAAACGGGGCCAUGUACCCGUGCGGAGGCCAUAAGCCUGGUGCAAGGAGACACUGGGUAGAGACAGAACAAAUCCCAGCUCCUGCCUUGAGGGGCAGCGACCUGAGGCUGUUGUGGGAAGUGUAGUCCCACCCCCAGGUCUGCAGAAUGUUCCAUGAGACUAGUGGAGGGAGGAGGUUCUAGGGCUCCUGCACUUUCUACGCAGGUCGAUUUUGAUAAUUUUCUGGUUACUGUAAUGGAAAAAAACUUCCAGAACUAGAAAUGCAGAAAACCAAUCCCCAAGCAAUGCAUGGAUUUCCUUACCCCCCUUCCCCAAACUUCAAGGGGUGUGUGAAUUUCUGAAAUGACCCCAUGGGUGUUCCUGGCUGGUUGCUACUACUGUGUAGCACCCAGCACCCACGUGCAUCUGUGAGGUCGGGUUUUAGAGAAAUGGAAGAGAUGCCUUUCCCUGCCGGUGGCACUUGCUGGGAGUAGGACUGAGCUGAUGUGGGAAGGAGACAAUAUCUAAUGUUACUUGUAGGUAGAACCAGCCCUCACGUGGUGCUUAUGCUAUUCAAGAACAACAAAGAAAAUUCGCUGAGAAGCAAAUAUUAGGACCAAAUAUCAUUGGUAACAAUUGUAUUUGAAGGAACUGUAGUUUGCUCAUUUAGGACAUUUUUAUAAAGUACUGUAAUUCUUUUAUUGAGGGGUUAUGGAUGGAGACAAACUAACUCAUUUUGUUAUUUGCAUUAAAACUACUUCAGGUCUCUGUCAAAUGAGUUUGGAGACUGCUUGAUGCGCUGUUCUGCCUGAAUGUACGUACCCAGACCUGAGUACAGGGAAGCUGGAGGUUCCCAACCCCACACGCUCCGCUGCAGGCUGUGUGAUUGUGCGUCUUAAUCAACAGGCUGAGUUCUGGGAUGCACUGAUUAGCUGAUGAGGAAGGAACCUGGAACUCAAGUCUGGCUAGAAGUGCACUACACACAGUAGCUCAGCGGAAAGCUAUGGCAUCGCUUAAAAUCUGCCCGGGUGGGGAAUUACGAAACUGGCUAAUAAUUGAAAAGUUACAACACAGCAAGUUGGACAAUUUUGCCUGGGGAGGGGGUAGUGGUAAUGGGGAAACACGAGGAAAAGAAACUAGACAAUAAGUUGAAAUAUUGGUUUGGGGACAAUGUGACUUGGGGAUAGUUACUUUUUACUUAAUGUGUCUCUCAAAGAGAGCCCAUUUUCUAUGUUUUGUAAAAUCUGAAACUGUACACAAAAAAUAAAGAUUAAAUACAAAUUGCUUGGAGCAACAGACUAAUGUUCACAGCCUGCAAACAUCGAGGUAAAAUGCUGCCAUUUUGGGUGGCAGAGGGCAUUGACUCUCAUCAACAUAAUGAUCUGACACUAAUUGAUGUCUCAAUGUCUGUCAUAGGACAAUCUGCUGAGUCUAUUUUUUUUUUUUUUUUGGUCUUCUGUUUCUUUAGGGGCAGCUUCCUGGACAAACUCCAGUUGCAUAGGACCCCAUGCUUCCAGAGCCCCACACUUGACUGUGAUGGCUAGUACCAUCUUAAAAUGUAUAGUGACACUUGAGCUAAGAGCCCCACGCUUUCCCCAAUUUGUAAAUUGUGCAGCCACACGAAUUACGUAGUAGCCCCGCUCUUUAGUUUGUAUUUAAUGAAGACUUCUGCUUUAAACUGUUGGGUGGGGCAUAAUGAACAUUAGAUUAGCUUUACAGCACACUCCACUAUAAAAGUAAAAUAUCCUAAUCUUAUUUUCAAAGGGUGGAAGGGAGAGAGCUUUAAUUUUUACCUAAGAAAUGCACAAUGUGUUCAGAGCUAGGGAAACUUGUCUCACACAGGUUGCAAGCUAAAACCACCAGGGGCUACUGUGUCUCUUUGUGUUUCUAGAUGUUUUCCUUUUCCUUUUUCUUUUUUGUGGGGAGAGGAGGGCUUGGGACUGGUUUAUGUGGCAGAUAGAUGGAAAUCACUCAAGAGCACUCAAUUAUAUAUUUCUUCCAUUCAGGAAACCAGCUUAUCUUUUUUUCCGCAAAUAUUUGUAACCUUACAUUUGAUCACUGUUGGAGAAUGUUUCAUGUAUGUUGAGAAGACCGAGUAUUCUGUUGCUGUUGGCUGGAAUGUUCUAGAUAUGUCUGCCAGCUCCAUCUGGUAUAAAAUGUAGUUCAAGUCCAAUGUUUCCUUCUUGAUUUUCUGUUGGGAUUUUCUAUUUUCUAUCCAUUGUUGAAAAUGGGGUAUUAAAGUCCCUUACUAUUAUUGUAUCACUGUCUAUUUCUGUCUUCAGUUUGGUUAAUAUUUGCCUUAUAUAUCCAGAUAUUCUGAUGUUAGGUACAAAAAUGUUUAUAAUAUUAAAGGGGUCAUCACAAGGAUAUUAUAAAUAUUCACCAAAUA